AUGCUAGCUAGCAGACCAAUCAAAGCCAUGGCGCUUCGGCGUAUGUACUCGAUCCAUUCCUCGUCAAAGCAAAAGACAAUUCCGGACAUUUUUAAGAAGUACCAUGCAAAAGAGCCGAUCUCGAUGAUCACCGCGUAUGAUUAUAUCACAGCAACAUGGGCACACGCCGCACACACAGACAUGAUACUGGUCGGUGAUUCGCUGGCAAUGUCCACGCUGGGUCAUGUGUCCACGGUGGACCUGGAUCUGCAGGAGUUCCAAUACCACGUCCGGUCGGUGUGUAGAGCACCAGGCUCGUCCUUUAUAAUUGCAGAUAUGCCAUAUGGUAGCUUUGAGCGAAGCAUUGAGCAGGGAGUAGAGACGGCGAUCUCGCUUAUGAAGACAUCCAGCAGGGUGGGUGCUGUUAAGCUCGAGGUUGGCGCGGAAGAAAACGACUACUGUCUUGAGCUUGCCGCAGAGCUCUGCAGGCGCGGGAUCCCAGUAAUGGGCCAUGUCGGGCUGACCCCGCAGCGCAUGCAUGCAUUGGGCGGGUACAAGGUUCAGGGCGCAAAGGACUUGGGCCAGGCGCUGGCGGCGUACCACCGGGCUAAAGAUCUGCAGGCUGCAGGCUGUUUUUCCAUCGUCAUCGAAUGCAUUCCAACUAAACUAGCCGGUAUCAUAACGGAGAAACUCAGUAUACCUACUAUUGGCAUUGGCGCGGGCCCCCAGACAAGCGGGCAGGUGCUCGUACAGUCGGAUCUGCUGGGCAUGUUGCCAGGGAAGGCGCCGAAAUUUGUGCAGAAGUACGCGGACUUCCACGGGGACGCCAUAGGUUCCUUGUGCUCCUAUGUUGAAGAUGUGCGCCAGGGCGUCUUCCCGAAAGUGGGGCAACAUACGUUUACUGUCUCAGAGGAAUUGCUAGAGGAAUUCUCUAAACAGGUUGAUUGA